AUGUCAUAUUUUAAACCCUCAGACAACAACGCCCCAAAUUAUGUAUAACAAUAAAAUUAAUAAUAACAAUAAGGACCAAUGUACUAAUAACCCUAAUAAGGUUAUCCUCCAUCAUACGGAGGGUAACCUCCAUCAUAUGGAGGAUAACCUCCAGCAUAUGGCGGUCAUCCUCCUUAUUAGGGAGGCAAUGGAUAAUAUUAAGGAUAUCCUCCGAGUCAGGGACCCUAUGCAAAUUAAGUACCUGCUCAGGCUCAGGCUCCUUAAAAUUAAACUAAUAUUAAGUUUAUUUUCCAUCUCUAUAUUUUAGUUUUAACUUUACACCUGGAGUAGUAGUAGCUAAUGAUAGUAUAUGCAUAUUUUGCCGUAAUCCCUAUGUUCUUCUCUCAUCAAGAAGAAUAGGGUGGUAAACUUUGAUAGCAGUUCUAUUAUUAAUAUUAAUUUGUUGGCCAUUAUGUUGGUUGCCAUUAAUCAUUGAUGAUUGUAAAGAUAAGCACUAUCACUGUUCAUAAUGCGGAGUAUUGAUAUACAAAAAAUCAUUUACCAUGUGCAGUUGAU